AUAGCCAUUCUGGAAAAAAGAUAAAAAUCAGUGUGUCCCUUCCAUUAAAUCCCACAGCAUCACAGCACUAUUUUCCUCUUCUUCUCGCCUCUCUUUCUCUCUCAAAGUGUUGCUGUUGCAGAGAGAGAAUGGAUUGAGAAAUCUCUCUCUCUUUCUCUUCCCAUUUCACUCUCCUUUGGAUCAAUCGGCUUCUUUGCUAUGGAAGACACGGAUUCAGUUGCUACGCUGAUAGAUUCUACAACUUCUAAGAUACAACAGCUGCAAAAGGCGUUUGCUGAACUUGAAAGUUAUCGGGCUGUUACUCUUAACUUGAAAUGGAAAGAACUAGAGGAACAUUUUCAUGGGCUUGAGAAAUCCUUGAAAAGGCGCUUUCAUGAAUUGGAAGACCAGGAAAAAGAGUUUGAGAACAAAACAAGGAAGGCUCAAGAGAUGUUGGAGAAACGGGAAGCGGAUGUUUUUGCCAAGGAGCAAGCCUCCUUGCGGGGGCUUCAAGAGAAAAGGGAUGCUGCUGUAUUUGCCAUUGUGAAUGCUCAAGAAAAGCAUAGGAAGGUGUCGUCAAAUGAAUUGGCUGUUGCCUCCAAUGGGGGUAGGGAGACACCAGAUGUGGAGGAGAGACUGGUGGAUUCCGUCUCCAUUACUGCUGAAGGUAAUGUGGAAGAUGUGAAGCUCUAUCCUGGAAAUGGAAACAUGGAGGUGAUGUCUUAUCCAGAAUUGGUGAAACUAUGUAAAGAGAUGGAUGCUGCUGGACUACACAAAUUCAUAUCUGAUAACCGUAAGAACCUUGCUGCUGUGAGGGAGGAGAUACUUUAUGCAUUAAGAGCUGCUCCUAAUGCUGCCCGUUUAGUCUUAGAUUCUCUGGAGGGAUUUUAUUGUAUGGAAGUGUCAAGCCUGGAUGUAAAGAAGGAUGCUAACUUAUUGGGUCUUCGCCGAACCUGUAUCAUGCUGAUGGAAUGUCUAAGUGAUUUCCUGAGCAACUCAGAUUGCGUUUCUAAUGUAAUUUCAGAAGAUAUCAAGGACAGGGCAAAGGCAGUUGCUGAAGAAUGGAAACCCAGAUUGGAUGCUCUUGACAUGGAUGCAAGCAAUGGGAAUUCCUUGGAGGCUCAUGCAUUUUUGCAACUUCUAGCCAGUUUUGGUAUUGCCUCUGGUUUUAACGAGCAUGAGUUGUCCAGGUUAAUUCCAAUGGUGUCUCGACGUCGCCAAACUGCUGAUUUAUGUCGUUGCCUUGGGUUGUCAGAGAAGAUGCCUGGUGUAAUUGCAGUUUUGGUGAACAGUGGGAGGCAUAUUGAUGCUGUUAACUUGGCUUUUGCUUUUGAUCUUACAGAGCAGUUUUCACCCAUUCCUUUACUGAAAUCUUACUUGAAGGAUGCUAGAAAAGCCUCUCCCGUCAAAAGUGUUAACUCAUCUCCCACUGCACAAAUUGAGGUCAACGAACGAGAGCUGAUUGCUCUUAAGGCUGUAAUUAAGUCCAUUGAAGAACAUAAACUUGAUGAGCAGUAUCCUCUGGAUCCUCUCCAGAAACGAGUUUUCCAACUAGAGAAGGCCAAGGCAGACAAGAAGAGGGUUACUGAAGCAACAAAGCCUCAACCCAAGAGACCCCGUGCGAAUGGUGUAGGAUAUGGUCCUCGUGUCACUAACUUUCCUUCUGACAAAACUUGCUAUGCUAGAGUUGCUGACAGGUACCCACAAUAUGUGUAUGAUCGAUCUUACAUGUACCCUGGACCCACUGACAAUCACUGCCCCCCUCUCUUUGGUUCUGCAACUUAUAACAUCUCUCCUAAUCUUGGCAACUACUUUGGAAAUGGCUAUCAAUACCAAGCUACAUAUCUCCACUAGUUAGCAGAGAUGGUGAACAGAUGACUAUGAUCCCUUUGUUUAAUAUUUAGUCUUAACCCUUAAGCUGUUGUAUGUUGCACUUUAUCAAUGUAGUCUUUAUGAACCGCUGAAACAGGUAAAAUGUCAUGUUAAAAUUUAGCUUUGUACUAGAAGAUAUUCUGAUCCUCUAAUGUAUGCACUCUGUUCUCUUUUUGUAUACGCUUACCUUUUACCUCUAGUAUAUUUUUCUCGUUUCU